UUCUUCCAAACCCAGAGAUCUCCAGGAAAACCUCAACUUUUACUCACCCGCAAUGGCAGAUAUGAAGGAGACUUGGACAACUCUAGCCUCCCUCCUGGGUACUCUGGCCUUCUGCCAGACCAUCCUCCGGAAUGUGCUCCCACCACAGCUCCGUUCCGCCUCCCUCAAGUUCCUGAAGCGCGCCCUUGGCUGCUACUACUCCUACUGCUACUUCGAAAUCACGAAGAAUGACGGUGUCAACGAGCUUUACAACGCGGUCCAACUCUACCUCAGCUCCUUCGUCUCUGCCUCCUGCAGCUGCCUCUCCCUCAGUCGCGCCCCCAACUCCAGCUCCACCACCUUUGCCCUCACCAACAACGACUGCAUCGCCGACGUCUUUGACGGCGUUUCUGUUCAGUGGGAGCAUGUGGUGAUCCAGAGCCAGUCCCAGCCCUCACGAGGCGAGAAGCGCUUCUUCACGCUCCGGAUCAGGAAGUGCGAUAGGGAGCGUAUCCUCGACUCCUACCUGGACCACAUCAUGGACAAGGCCAACGACAUCCGCCGCAAGAACCGAGAACGCUUCCUCUACACUAAUUCGCACGGCUGUUGGAGACAGGUGCCGUUCAAGCACCCGAGCACCUUCGACACAUUGGCCAUGGACCCGGAGAGGAAGAGGGACAUCAUGGAGGACCUCCGCGACUUCGUGGCGGGGAAGGCCUUCUACCAGCGGACAGGUCGCGCCUGGAAGCGGGGCUACCUGCUCUACGGCCCGCCUGGAACGGGGAAAUCGAGCAUGAUUGCUGCUAUGGCCAAUUUCCUGGGUUAUGACAUCUACGACCUCGAGCUGACCAAGGUGCGCUCUAACUCCCAGCUCCGAGAGUUCCUCACGAACACCAGCUCCAAGUCCAUCAUCGUCAUCGAGGACAUCGACUGCUCGGUCAGUCUGCCAAAAAGGUUGAAUGCGCAACAAGCCGCGCCACGGCGUGCGGCACACGGUGGCGAGGACAGGAACGACAAUACAAUCACCCUCUCAGGACUGCUCAACUUCACUGACGGCCUGUGGUCGUGCUGUGGGAGCGAGAGGAUCUUUGUGUUCACCAGCAACCACAUCAAGAAGCUCGACCCAGCAUUACUCCGGAGCGGCCGGAUGGACAUGCACAUCUACAUGAGCUACUGCUCGUACCCGGCGCUCAAGAUCCUGCUCCGGAACUACCUGGACAUUGAGGCUGAGGACCUCGGAGAAGUGGUGGCGAGCGAGCUCCGAGAGGCAGUCGAGAAGGCCAAUAUGACGCCGGCGGACAUAAGCGAAGUCCUGAUCAAGAACCGGAGGAACAAGGGGAGAGUGGUGGGCGAGCUGCUGGAGGUGUUGAAGGCGAGAGCGGAGAGGAACGAGAACGGAGAGUUGAGGGAGGAGUGCCAGCUGAACGAGGUGGAGCAAGAGGAGCAAGAGGAGCAAGAGAAGAGGGCACUGGAGAGCUCCGAAGAUGGGAGCGACUUUGACGAUGAUUCUAGCUACUAGAUAUAUUUAGGAUGAUGGUUCUAUGUAUCUUUGAA